AAUACCUCUUCCGAAAAGACAUCGACCUUAAUUCGCAGAAUAUCCGUAACGGGUUUUUGUGAGUGUGAACGUUCCGAAAAGGAAUUACAUAUCCCUUCUAAGUAGUCACAAGCGAGGGUAUCUGUGAGAAUUUGUGAGGAUGCGGUCGAUGUGGUUUAUAGUAUUGUGUCUGCUUCUGUUUGUAGGCUGUGGUACUUGCUGUUUUGUACGGUACUGGCAGUUCCACAGCAUGACGGAGCUCCUGUCCAUACCCGCCGUCGUGGUGUACGGCAGAGAGAUCCUAAACAUAAGCGUGGCUCCCGACAGGGUCGACUCCAUAUUUGCCGUCAGCUGUGUUCUUCGUUCAGACAACAGCACCAUUGGCGCUAAUAUCACGGUGGAAGGUGUGUGGCCGCGCAAACGCUGUUCGGUUACGCACGCAGUAUACAGCACGGGCAAUGACGUCAUCGUUGGACUUAAAAGACUGAGUGACAAUACAUUUGAAUGGGACGAGAGGAAUCCAUUGCAAAGUAUUGCAUUCGAAGGGUUUUCUCAAAACUUAAUGGAAUUAGCGACCACAUGCGGCCUUCAGAACUGGACAUCACCGGACGGGGUCAGUGAUACCACGUGCCCAUUUUGUGGUCAUCCUGCAAACGUUUCGAAUCCCUUCCAGACAGUGUGUCUCAUUGACCAGCUGACCAAUGAAACCUGUACAGACGUCCCUAGACCGAGCAUAACUGGGGUUUGUACCUGUGAUAAGACCCGGAGACCUUCCAAAGACAUCGAGGUGACGGGCGGUAUAGGGAUCGUGGUCAUCCCUAGUCUCGUCAUGGUUUUAAUGACGGUGUUACUAUCCAGCAGUAUGACAUGGUAACCAUCCUUAUAGAUGAGGCCCACAGGGACCUGAUAAUUUGUUACAGCUGUAUUUGUAAGUUAGGUUGGGUCGACAUUUCGACAUCGAGAGCUUUAAUUUCUGCCCUUCUCGGUUAUAUGAUCAUUUAUUGUGGGUGUCAAUUUUACCGAAAGUUAAUCUAAACCCCUAAAACAUCCUAGUUUAGGUCCAAAUAGAGUUGUAAAAAAAUCUCAGGUCCCUGUGAUUAGGCCUAUAGUUCAGGAUCGGAAAUAGCAGAUCAGACGUUUAAAUGCCAGAAGAAACGCUCGACGUUGAUUUCUUGUGACAACUGUCAUUUGCUAUCUGCAUGCUGUUAAGAUGAUUGUUUGGAUUUAUUUACUUACAUCCAUGUGCCUCUAUUAUAGGAAAAUGGUUUCGGAAUAAACGACUUACUUUAUUUCGAGUUUUAAUACUGGAUAGGAAUUAAGUGCACCUUACCAUUCCCUUCAAAAAGGACUGAUGUUCGGUGAGGAAUUACUUGUAUGAACCGUUUUCUAUGUGUUAUAAAGUACUGAAAGAAA